AAAAAUGAUGCAACUUGUGCGCAGUCUGCAGCCACGGCAACAGAAUAUGAUUAUGCCUAUAAUGGGUCGUGGAGUAUGGGUGUGAAACUCAAUUUGAGUUUGGCUAUGAACGGUGCCUCGGAGACCGGGGACAUGACCAAUUCCUUGCCCGGCUCGAUUGUGAAUCGUAAAACAAGCAAUCCAAACGCAAGUGUUUCGCCUUACUAUCGAUCGAGCACCACUGGAGGCGGCACGGUCCAAACACAGGCGAACAACGUCAACUGUAAAACCCCUGCACUCGUACCACCUCAGGUGCCCGCUCAUCAGAACCAAUCACACAUCAAUGGAACCCUGCGUUCUGGCACAGAUAGUGGACCAAGUGGAACGCGAUUGAAGCGCGGUGAACAGACUGCAUCGCCCGGUACCAUCGUAUCCGGAUUACCUACCAACGAGCUUGAUAACGGCUCAACAGACGAUGAUUCGUGGGAAGCCAGACACGGACGAGUUGUCUCUGAGCUAACCAGUGCCAGAUUUGUGGAUCCUUCAUCACUUACUCUUAAUGAACCAACUUCUACCGGUUCCGUACGUACCGUAGGCCAACCUCUGUCAGUACUCACUGGCGCAGACUCUCAACAACGUGUUGGUCAUCAUCACCAUCACACAGAUACCUUUUUCACUGCAAGCCCAUCGGCACCUUUAUCUUCCGUCAGCCAAGUUACACCCACCGGAGCGAGCGUCUCACCGAGUAUCCAUUCCUUAAUUCCAUCCUCCCUUGAAAUGCUGCCUCUAGAAGAACAGCCGUGGUUUCAUCGAUCGCUUACGCGUCUUGAAGCUGAAGAACUACUGCGAAAUCAACCGGAAGGAAGUUUUCUCGUACGAAAUAGUGAGACUUGUCCUAAUGAUUAUUCCCUCACCAUCAAGCACAAAACAUUUUUACAUAUGAAAAUUUCCCGGAAUGCAGCUGGUCAAUACAUCCUUGGUGAGUACAGUCAACCGUAUGCAGCUGUGCCGCAGAUGAUCUAUCACUACGCGCGUACCCUGGUUCCGGUACGUGGUGCAGAGUCAGUCACAUUAACUCAUCCUGUAUGUACUCGUCUGCCUUGA